AUGUCACGGGGCCACCUGGAGAGACGGUUUUCGGCCACGACCUGUCGUGAUGCAGCCCUGCGGGGCCUCGCUGAGGCAGGCGGUCAACGAACAGAUGCAGCCAGAGCCCAGCCUCUGCCCUGGGGGUCGUGCCUGCGUAGCCUCAGGUGCCGCCCCUGCAGGAUCCAUCCCCCGAACACAUCCAGACCCGCCUGCACCACGCCCAUGUCACUGCCGAAGCCAGUGGCCAAAGAGGGCACGGAAGAGAUGCCCAUUGUGCAAGUCCGUGAAGAGCCGCACUGGCCCUUCCCUUGUCCGCCGGAGCUGGGGGAGGAGCCUGUGAUUGCCGGCGUCCUGAAGGAGCCCAGCAAGGAGAAGCUGAGCGUCCAGAAGGCCAUGCGGAAGAGCCUCCUGCCGCGAGGGGCCGGGCUGGCUCUGCUGGAGGCACAGGCCGUCUCUGGCUACAUCAUUGACCCUGUCAAGAACCGGAAGCUGUCCGUGAGGGAUGCCACCAACGCCGGCCUGAUAGACAGGGAGUAUUUCAACACGCUCCUCGUUGCAGAGAAAGCCGUGACCGGCUACACAGAUCCCUUCUCGGGGAAUAAAAUCUCCCUCUUCCAGGCAAUGAAGAAAGGCCUCAUUGUCAAAGACCACGGCAUCCGCCUGCUGGAGGCACAGGUCGCCACCGGGGGCAUCGUCCACCCCAUGCACAGCCACCGGCUCCCCGUGGAGCUGGCUUACAAGUGGGGCUACCUGGAUGGAGAAAUUUGUCACAUGAUCGCAGACCCUGCCAACCACUCCAAGAGGUGCUUUGACCCCAUCGCCCGUGAGAACCUCACAUAUACGCAGCUUCUCCACAGGUGUGUCCCUGACCCCGAGACCGGUUUGCUUAUGGUUCCCGUCAUGGAGAAGGGGUCCAUCAUCUCAAAGCUGGAUAAGAGCGCUCAGAAGGCGCUGCAGUCCACCACCACCAGAGUCAGCGCAGGUCUUUUCCAGGGCCAGGAAGUCUCGGUCUGGGACCUCCUCUUCUCCAGAUAUGUCCCUCUGCCGAAAAAGCAGGAGUUGCUGAAGCAGUACAAAGCCGGCUGCACCACACUCCAGGACCUCAUUGGCAUCCUUGAUAACAUCAUCACUGAGACUGAAGCCAAAGGAGACUCCUCCCAUGGGAAAGCAGAAAGGCCCAGCAGAGAUGUGGAGCUGAAAAGUGCCCCAGAGCAGGAAGGAGAAGAGAAGGUCCUGAAGUCGAGGAUGGUCAAGGUCUCAGCUGGUGAGUUCCAUGGGCAGAAGGUCUCCGUGUGGGACCUGCUCCAUUCCAAGUAUAUCCCAGAAGAAAAACAGAAGGAACUUCUGAAGCUGUACAGGCGCGGCAUCCUCAGCACUGACCAAAUGGAAGUGGUGGUCUCUGCCAUUGCCACCAAAAUAGAGGAGGUGAGAGCCAAAGAGCGGGGUCCUGCCACGGAUGCAGGCCGGGAGAUGGAUACAAUGGACGACUCUGACUUUUUUGACCCUCAAGAGGAAGAACUGAGGAAAACGUUGCAGUUGACCUGUAUCCCGGUGACCCUUGGUGAGUUCAAAGGGCAAAAUGUCCCUUUGCUGGACAUCAUCUCAUCUAGAUAUUUCCCUCAGGAUAAAAGGCAGGAGCUGCUUGCUCUGUUCCGGGCAGGGACCUUUAGCACAGAGCAGAUGGCCAGGGCCGUUAGCGGCGUCCUGGAGAAAUUAGAAGCCAGCAGAAAGAAGUUCAUUGUGAAAGUGAUUGGACGGAGCCAAGGGGCAUCUGGACCCAGGGAGGGUGUAGUCGCAGCAGAUCCCCCAUCUAGCAAACAUCCGGAUGACUUGCUGAAGUCCAAAAUGGUCACUUUGCCUGCUGGGGAGCUGCAGGGUCAGCAGGUGUCCGCCUGGGAGCUCCUCUUCUCCCACUACAUCGCCAGGGACAAAAGAGAGGAGCUUCUGGGGAAGUAUCGAGACGGCACCUUUGGUGUUGAGGAAGUCUCUUUCAUCCUUAUUAUCUUGGCUUCGCUGCAUGACCUUUUUGACUCCCUGGAGUGCCCAACACCCAGGCCCCGGAGGAAGGCCUCAGUCCAGGGGGAACCUGGCCCUUCCACGGCCACAUUGGAGGAAGAGGAGGACGACGAUGACGAUGGUGGCGAUGAAGACAGUCAUGAUGAUAUUGAAGACCGAGACAAGGACAAGGUUUUGAAGUCCAGGAUGGUUUCCGUUAAUGUCGGCGAGUUCCGCGGGCGGAAGGUCUCCUUGUGGGAUCUGCUGCAAUCCAAGUACGUGCCUGAGAAGAAACGGAAGGAGAUCUUGCGGCUGUACAGAAUUGGAAUUCUUUCAGCCGACCAAAUGGAAACGGUGAUCACGGCCAUUGUAGCCAGGGUGGCUGAGAAAAUGGCCACGGCCGGCAGGCACGUGAGCGCCUCCAGCCCAGACGUCAGGACGGAGGGCAGCCGACCCACUCACGAGAGGCCCCGGAGGAAAACCGAGGAGGUUCUGACCAUUGACUUCCCAAUAGGAGAAUUCCAAGGCCAGAAGGUCUCCAUGUGGGACGUCCUCUUCUCCAGGUACGUCUCCGAAGCCAAGAGACAGGAGCUUCUCUCAAGGUACAUUGAGGGAACCCUCAGCAGCCAGGAAAUUCUGGCCAUCCUCACCAGCCACAUCAUGGAGACCCACCCGCUGAGACGCACCCCGAGUUUGCACCAUCCGCUCACCCUGUGGCUCCCAGAAGCCUUUGGGCUGUCCCAGGAGCAGCGGGCUUCUUUGUACGACCUCCACUGUCCUCUGCGGCCAGAGGAACACAGGGCAGGAACGGUCACUGUCAGCGAGAUAACGGUAACCACCACAGUCAUCAACGGGCCAGAGCAGAAACAGGGGCUGCUCCCCAGCAGUGGAAAGGUGGGGGCCCCAGCCAAAGACAACUGA